CGGAGCCAGAGCCCACACUCCACCGCUUCUCCCGCGGUCGUCCCGACGCCCCGCGUUCCUGCCGAGCAGAGCCUGCUCAGCGUCGGCCUCCCCGAAAUAACCUGAUCCGGUCCCCGCGUCUUCUACCCCGUGUUGCGCGUUCGGUACUGAGGCCCUGCAGCGCUACCGCUCGCUGCAUUGCGUCUUUGUCUUCGCUGCUCUUCGCCGCGCUCCUGUGCCUUCUGUGGGCGCGCUCGGCUUCUCUGUGCGGCCAUGGCAGCCUUGGGCUUUGGGCUUCCGCUGGCAUCCAAAACUUGUUACCGCUGUACCCUAGGCGGCGAGGUUUGAAUCUGUGAAUCCAUUCGGCUAAUGAUGUUUUUGUCUUUAUGGACCAUGAAUCUGUUCUUGCUUCCUUUGGGAUCGAACUCGGGACCUUGUGCUUGCGAGGCAGGCGACGGCACCACUGAGCUAAAUCCCAGGCCCAGAAAAAUAUUUUUUAAUGAUACUUGUGAACAGGGGCUUCAGAAAGUUUUUAUUGACUUCAUGGUUGAUUCUUCAUCACACUGAAACCAUUAGGAAAAAUCCUUGUGGUUAACAGCAGAGGCUUCAGAGUGUAACGUGUACUCGGGCCUAGAAAUUAUUUUAAAUGGCGACUGAUACAUCUCAAGGUGAACUCGUCCAUCCUAAGGCACUCCCACUUAUAGUAGGAGCUCAGCUGAUCCACGCGGACAAGUUAGGUGAGAAGGUAGAAGAUAGCACCAUGCCAAUUCGUCGAGCUGUGAAUUCUACCCGGGAAACUCCGCCCAAAAGCAAACUUGCUGAAGGGGAGGAAGAAAAGCCAGUUCUGCUCACCUUUUUAGAACCAGAUGUAAGUUCAGAGGAAUCUAUCUCCACUGUAGAAGAACAAGAAAAUGAAACCCCACCUGCUACAUCUAGUGAGGCAGAACAGCCGAAGGGAGAACCUGAGACUGAAGAGAAGGAAGAAAAACCUUCUGAGGAAACCAAAAAGGAGGAGAAAGAUCAUUCUAAGGAAAAGGAGAAGAAAGUGAAAAAAACCAUACCUUCCUGGGCUACUCUUUCUGCCAGCCAGCUAGCCAGGGCCCAGAAACAAACACCAAUGGCUUCCUCACCACGUCCCAAGAUGGAUGCAAUCCUAACUGAGGCCAUUAAGGCAUGCUUCCAGAAGAGUGGUGCAUCAGUGGUUGCUAUUCGAAAAUACAUCAUCCAUAAGUAUCCUUCUUUGGAGUUGGAGAGAAGGGGUUAUCUCCUUAAACAAGCACUGAAAAGAGAAUUAAAUAGAGGAGUCAUCAAACAGGUAAAAGGAAAAGGUGCAUCUGGAAGUUUUGUUGUGGUCCAGAAAUCAAGAAAAACAUCUCAGAAAUCCAGAAACAGAAAGAAGAGGAGCUCUGCAGUGGAUCCAGAACCACAAGUAAAAUUGGAGGAUAUCCUCCCACUGGCCUUUACUCGUCUUUGUGAACCUAAAGAAGCUUCCUACAGUCUUAUCAGGAAAUAUGUAUCUCAGUAUUACCCUAAGCUUAGAGUGGACAUCAGGCCUCAGCUGCUGAAGAAUGCUCUGCAGAGAGCAGUAGAGAGAGGCCAGUUAGAACAAAUAACUGGCAAAGGUGCUUCGGGGACAUUCCAGCUGAAGAAGUCAGGGGAAAAACCCCUGCUUGGUGGAAGCCCAAUGGAAUAUGCAAUCUUGUCUGCCAUUGCUGCCAUGAAUGAGCCGAAGACCUGCUCCACCACUGCUCUGAAGAAGUAUGUCCUGGAGAACCACCCAGGGACCAAUUCUAAUUAUCAAAUGCAUUUGCUGAAGAAAACUCUGCAGAAAUGUGAAAAGAAUGGGUGGAUGGAGCAGAUCUCUGGUAAAGGAUUCAGUGGCACCUUCCAACUCUGUUUUCCCUAUUACCCAAGCCCAGGAGUUCUAUUUCCAAAGAAAGAGCCAGAUGAUUCUAAAGAUGAGGAUGAAGAUGAAGAUGAAGAUGAGUCAUCAGAAGAAGACUUUGAGGAUGAAGAGCCACCACCUAAGCGAAGAUUGCAAAAGAAAACUCCAGCCAAGUCCCAAAGGAAAGUGGCACCCAUGAAGCAGAGAGGGUCUAGGCCUGCACCUAAAGUCCCAGCUGCUCAGCGGGGGAAAGCUAGGCCCCUGCCCAAGAAACCCCCUCCUAAGGCCAAAACUCCCACCAAGAAAGCCAGACCCUCACCUUCAGUUGUCAAGAAACCUAGUGGUAGUUCUUCAAAGAAGCCUGCAGCCAGUGUGAGAAAGGAAGUGAAAUUACCUGGCAAGGGUAAAUCCACCAUGAAGAAGUCUUUCAAAACAAAAAAGUAAAUUUUAUAGCAAGAAAGGGUAUCAUCAUAAAAUUCAAAAUCUUAUUUUAUAAGGUCAGUGUGCAUUUGUUUUUAGUUUUGAUGCUUACAAGAAUCUUUUUUUCUCCCAUAUGAACAUUGUGGGGAGGGAAUAUAAUAAACCAAUUUAGGCAUUUGUUAGCUUUAGGUGCUGUUUUUGGUGCCUACCCCUUCCCCAAUCAUUUUAAUUUCUGCAAUAAUCUGGGGGUCUCCUAAACUAUAUAAUCUGUACUUGUCUUUUUUGCCCCUCCUACCUAACCUCUUUUUUUCUUUUUUUUUUUAAUGGUAAGCUUUAGUGUCUGUCAUCCCGUCCAUUACCCACCCCGGUCCUUUCUGUCUUUUUCCCUCUCUCCCUCUCCUGGUUUUACCUAAACAGUUGUAAAGAUUUUUAUAUUUUUAGAAUGCAUCAAGAACAGGAUGCUGGUCAGGUGCUGGAAGUAAAAAGGAAGCAGUGUAGCACUGACUGAAUGGUAAAACCUCCUGCCUGGUGACUUCAGUGAUAGCUGUAAUAAUCUUAUUUAUAAAAGUUACUCCACUAAUCCUCUCUCUCCAACUAUGAACAGAGACAACUUUGGAAAUAAGCCUAAAACAGUGUAAUCACAUUUGUUUCUGAAGAUGCACGAUUCCUUCGGGCCACUUUCCACAUUGACCAACCUGAAGGUAUUGUCCACUGGCCCAGAGGAUUGCAUUCCCUUCACAGCAAGCACAAGUUCUUUACACCACUUGGUUCUGACUGCAGGGGAAAUACAGGAAUAUAUUGAAUCCAGUUUCCAGUGUCACCUGUGUUACUGAAAAUCAAAACAAAAUCUUGAUCAAAUGUUUAUAUUUUUUAAUAUUUGAAGCAUGAGUUGUCACUUACUGUUUGCCUUUUUUAUGAGGAAAUGUUGGAGAGUUACAAAUGUAGAAAUGUUAGGUGGAAAAACAUACAGUACGCUUAAAUAAAAUAGAUUCCAGAUUCAUUUAUGGAUUUUUUUUCCCCCUUUCUUUCCAUAGCACUUUUGAUAUCAAGCAAUUGGCUUCCUUUUUGAGCUAUUUUAAAUAAAAAGAAAAAAAGCAAAUGAAGCCCUACUGCCUAACCCAUUUUUAUUUGUAUUUGUUUUAGUAUUGUGAAGUUGUGUUAAAAUAGUAGUAGCUUUCUACUUGAGAAAUACCAAUUUCUGGAUAUCGUUUCUCUUCCCUAUGGCACUUGACAUUUUCAUUGUCUUAAACUCAUUGGCAUACAUCUUCUGGCCCCCUGAGGGCUGCCAGAGGCGAAAGGUGUUUGUUUUAUAUUCAUUCCACUUGCAUCGUCAACUGGGAUCCCAUCUGCAGCUUGAGUGUGGUUGGGAAAUGGACUUGAGAAGAUUGGGUUGAAUUAGAUCAUAAUCAUGUGUGAUCCCAUCAUGCACUCAUUGAAAUUUGUGUUGCAUGUAAGGCAGUCUUUCCUGUUGUAAAUCUUCCUUUUUUAUGUACAUAUAUUUUGAAAAAUAUGAAUAAACAUGAAAUUUUAAAAGCU